AUGCACUACCUAAAAUUCCCCGCCGAGUAUCAAACAAACAAACACACCCUUGGAUGGCUAAUUCCGGCGAGAUCAAGAGGAAUAACGACCCCCUCGAUGACUUCUACCGACGUUCACCAUCUCCACAACUCUCUUCCAGUUGAAGAAUCACAGCCCCAAAUACCCCACACCGAUCGUUAUUGCUGCUGCUUUGAUUCCCUUCUGAAUUGUUGCUACCAACAACAAGAAGAAAACCACGAAGAGGCUUGCCGGAAAGCGACCUCGCCAUCUCCUUCAGUCUUUCUUCGUAGCUCCUCCCCUUGGCUUCGUCGAGCACCACCACAGAACCACCAUUCCUUCCUCUUUUUUGUGUUUGCCACUGAUCGAAGCAGAAGACGAAGAAGACGACAGCGACACCCAUCUGCUGGCGCCCCUAUAUGUGAUUUACUCGACCACCGCCACAAACCCCACCUUGAUUUCUGCUUCCGUUCAUCUUCAUCGACCUGA